AUGUCGUCCCCCGCCAAGGAUCGCAUCACCUGCCACGUCCUCGACACGACGGCCGGCAAGCCCGCCAAGGGCAUCCGCGUGCGGCUCGAGACCAGCUCGACCGUCUCGUCGUCGUCGUCGUCGUCGUCUCCGAACCCGUCGUCGUCGUCUCCCCAUCCGCCGGCUUCCUUCGAGUCCCUCACGGACGAGGACGGGCGGGUCAAGACCUGGCUGCCCUACAGCACCGCCACGUCGUCGGGCGAGGUGCCCGUCUACACCCUCGACGACGUCCUCGGCGCCAUCAAGGGCCCCUCGCGAUGGACCCUACGCUUCGACACCGAGGGCUACUUUGGCGAGGCCAACACCUUCUUCCCCGAGGCCACCGUCGUCUUCCGCGUCGACGAGGGUCAGCAGUACCACGUGCCGCUGCUGCUGAGCCCCUACAGCUACACCACCUACCGGGGCAGCUGA